GCGCCCGGGGGUGCCCGCCUCCUGCUCGGCACAUCUCCCGCAGCAACAUCACCCUGGAAUCCGCGGCACGCCAGGGUCCUGUAGCGGUGAUGACUGUGUUCCUGAGCAAUAAUGGAAAGAGCAAAGCCACUGCCGGUGGCCAGUGAAAGUGGAGAGAAGAGCUUGCUGCAGUAGCUGGUGCUGCAAAAUGUGUGAGUGAACCCCGAGCCCUGCCAGUGUCCAUCCCGCUCGGUCCUCAUUAACUGUCGCCAGGAGGGAAACCGGGUACCAGAUGCACUAACCAGGCGGCUGCCACCCUGGAUCUAUAACUGUGAACUCCUCACUGUGGAAAAUGGUAAACAAAGACAUGAAUGGAUUCCCGGUCAAGAAAUGCUCAGCCUUCCAAUUUUUUAAGAAGCGGGUACGAAGAUGGAUCAAGAGCCCAAUGGUCAGUGUGGACAAGCAUCAGAGUCCCAGCCUGAAGUAUGGGGGCCCCUCUGUGGCGCACAUCCCGCCCGGAGAGCCCGACUUUCAGCCUUCCUUGUGCCAGCUCUGCCUGGGAGAUCACACUUUACAAAGAGGAGCUUACCCUCAGGAGAAGGAAUCCUGCUCGUGGGAAAGUCCACCUGGGUGUGAAGUGAAAGAGCCAUGUAAUCAUGCCAACAUCUUGACCAAGCCUGAUCCAAGAGCCUUCUGGACUAAUGAUGAUUCAGCUUUCAUGAAACAGAGGAGAAUGGGCCUCAACGAUUUUAUUCAGAAGAUUGCCAGCAACUCCUAUGCAUGCAAACACCCUGAAGUUCAGUCCAUUUUGAAAAUCUCCCAACCUCAGGAACCCGAGCUUAUGAAUGCCAACCCUUCUCCUCCACCAAGUCCUUCUCAGCAAAUCAACCUUGGCCCAUCAUCCAAUCCUCAUGCUAAACCUUCCGACUUUCACUUUCUGAAAGUGAUUGGGAAGGGCAGUUUUGGAAAGGUUCUUCUAGCAAGACACAAAGCAGAAGAAGCUUUCUAUGCAGUUAAAGUUCUACAGAAGAAAGCCAUCCUAAAAAAGAAGGAGGAAAAGCAUAUCAUGUCAGAGCGGAAUGUUCUCCUUAAGAAUGUGAAACACCCGUUCCUGGUGGGCCUUCACUUCUCCUUCCAGACUGCUGACAAAUUGUAUUUUGUCCUAGACUACAUCAACGGUGGAGAGUUGUUCUACCAUCUCCAGAGGGAGCGCUGCUUCCUGGAACCACGGGCUCGCUUCUAUGCUGCUGAAAUAGCCAGUGCCUUGGGUUACUUGCACUCUCUGAACAUCGUCUAUAGAGACUUAAAACCAGAGAAUAUUUUGCUGGAUUCCCAGGGGCACAUUGUCCUCACUGACUUCGGGCUCUGCAAGGAGAACAUCGAACCCAAUGGCACGACCUCUACCUUCUGUGGCACGCCUGAGUAUCUCGCGCCCGAGGUGCUUCAUAAGCAGCCUUAUGACAGGACUGUGGACUGGUGGUGCCUGGGGGCCGUCCUGUAUGAGAUGCUGUAUGGCCUGCCUCCUUUUUACAGCCGAAACACAGCCGAGAUGUACGACAACAUUCUGAACAAGCCCCUCCAGUUAAAGCCAAAUAUUACCAACUCUGCAAGACACGUCCUGGAGGGCCUCCUGCAGAAGGACCGGACAAAGCGACUGGGUGCCAAGGAUGACUUUAUGGAGAUUAAGAAUCACGUCUUCUUCUCCCUAAUUAACUGGGAUGAUCUCAUUAAUAAGAAAAUUACUCCUCCCUUUAACCCAAACGUGAGUGGACCCAGCGAUCUGAGGCACUUUGAUCCCGAGUUCACCGAAGAGCCUGUGCCCAGCUCCAUCGGCAGGUCCCCCGACAGCAUCCUCCUCACAGCCAGCGUCAAGGAAGCUGCAGAGGCCUUCCUGGGCUUCUCCUAUGCACCGCCCAUGGACUCUUUCCUUUGAACUGUCUGAGGCAUGGCCUCCAAGGAUUUCUGUGCGUUUUUAAUGUUAGUUAGCCUUUCGGCGGAGCUGCCAGCUGACGGACAUCGUACAAGAGAAUUUGCACAUCUCUGGAAGCUUGCACACCUUGGCAAUCUUAACUGCACACUGUUUGCUGGAAGCUUUUCGAAGAGCACAUCUUCUCAGUGAGCUCCUGAGGUUUUCAUUUUUACUCUUCCUUCCAACGUGGUGCUAUCUCCGAAGUGAGCAGUGGAGUGCGCCCUGACAGAGGCCGUGGUCUUACUAGGAGGAAGACGCCGCCCGAGGGAGUGUCAGAAAGCCUGUCUGGGCCAUGAUAUCGAAUCUUAUGAAAUGUGCCUUUUCUGAUGAGAUCGUGUUAGCUCCAAAGCCUUUCCUCUUGCGGAUUGUUUCAGUUCUUUGCUUUUCUUUGUGGACUGUCCUGUCCAAACAGCGGUAUGAGUGUGGUGUGCUUGAUCACAGAUGGAUUGAGUCAUCAGCAUCAAUGUGACACUUGCAGGACACUACAACGUGGGACAUUGUUUGUUUCUUCCAUAUUUGGAAGAUAAAUUUACGCGUAGACUUGUUUUUGUAAGAUAUAGUUAAUUAAAAAUUAUUGAAAAGGUCUUGCAAUGACUUGUAUCCAGAUGCUUAAAAGAAAGCAUUGCUGCUACAAAUAUUUCUAUUUUUAGAAAGGGUUUUUAUGGACCAAUGCCCCAGUUGUCAGUCAAGCCUGGUGUUUUCAUUGUUUAAAAUGUCACCUGUAAAAUGGGCAUUAUUUAUGGGUUUUUUUUUUUUGCAUUCCUGAUAAUUGUAUGUAUUGUAUAAAGAAAGUCUGUACAUUGGAUUAUAACACUAGUAUAUUUAAACUUACAGGCUUAUUUGUAAUGUAAACCACCAUUUUAAUGUACUGUAAUUAACAUGGUUAUAAUAUGUACAAUUCUUCCCCCAUCCAACCACACAACUUUUUUUGUGUGUGAUAAACCAAUUUUGGUUUGCAAUAAAACCUUGAAAAAUAUUU